UAUUGCGUAAAACAAUAAACCCGCCUUCCCCACCACUGGUCAUCAGUCUCCACUCCACGCCCGACAGAGCAGGAGGACUCAGAAAUGGCAAUCCCAGUGCGAUCGGCUGCCGCGCCCCGCCGCCUCGUUCCGUCGAUACCUCCGGCGAGCUCUGGACAUGUUCGAGGACUGGCGUGCUUCGGUACCCGAACCGGGCCUCGCGGUGCAAGAGGGUUGUCAAUGGUGGUCGCCGACUCCACCAGCCGUCGGGCCAAGCAAGCGGACGGCGGGGACGGCGUCCUUGGGGCGCCUGUUCUCGGAGGGCUCGGGAUGGAGGGAUUGGGGGAUCAGCUCAGCGUGGUGAUGAAGUUCGGGGGGUCCUCGGUGUCGUCGGCCGCGAGGAUGGCUGAGGUGGCCGGCCUCAUCCUGACGUUCCCCGAGGAGCGCCCCGUCGUCGUUCUCUCUGCCAUGGGGAAAACCACCAACAACCUUCUCCUUGCUGGAGAGAAGGCAGUAGGGUGUGGAGUUAUCCAUGUUUCUGAAAUCGAAGAGUGGAAUAUGGUCAAAAGCCUACAUAUCAAGACGGUGGAUGAACUUGGACUUCCAAGAUCUGUAAUACAAGACAUGCUAGAUGAACUGGAGCAACUAUUGAAAGGUAUCGCUAUGAUGAAAGAGCUGACGCCUAGGACCAGUGACUACCUUGUUUCAUUUGGAGAAUGCAUGUCCACCAGGAUUUUUUCUGCUUAUUUGAACAAAAUUCGUGUCAAGGCACGGCAGUAUGACGCAUUUGAUAUUGGUUUCAUUACAACUGAUGAAUUUGGUAAUGCGGAUAUCUUAGAAGCAACCUAUCCUGCUGUUGCGAAGAGACUUCAUGGGGACUGGAUACAGGAUCCAGCGAUACCUGUUGUUACUGGGUUCCUUGGGAAGGGCUGGAAAUCUGGUGCUGUAACUACUUUAGGCCGAGGUGGUAGUGACUUGACUGCUACAACCAUUGGUAAAGCCUUGGGACUGAGAGAAAUUCAGGUAUGGAAAGAUGUUGAUGGUGUACUUACUUGUGAUCCAAAUAUCUACCCACAUGCAAAGACUGUUCCAUACUUAACAUUUGAAGAGGCCACAGAACUUGCUUAUUUUGGUGCUCAGGUUUUGCAUCCACAAUCGAUGAGACCUGCUAGAGAAGGUGAUAUUCCAGUUAGGGUUAAGAAUUCAUACAACCCUAAAGCUCCAGGCACCCUUAUUACCAGACAAAGAGACAUGGAUAAGGUUGUACUAACUAGCAUAGUGCUCAAGUCAAAUGUCACUAUGUUGGACAUUGUGAGCACUCGGAUGCUUGGUCAGUAUGGUUUUCUGGCAAGGGUAUUUGCUAUAUUUGAAGAUCUAUGUAUAUCUGUGGAUUGUGUUGCUACCAGUGAAGUUAGUGUUUCUGUGUCACUUGAUCCAUCAAAGAUCUGGAGUAGGGAACUGAUACAGCAGGAACUUGACCAUGUAGUUGAAGAGCUUGAGAAAAUAGCAAUUGUUCGUCUACUUCAGCAGAGGGCGAUAAUUUCACUUAUCGGAAAUGUGGAGCAAUCGUCUCUCAUACUAGAAAAGACGGGACGUGUGCUGAGGAAAAGUGGGGUUAAUGUUCAGAUGAUCUCGCAAGGAGCGUCAAAGGUUAACAUGUCGCUGAUAGUCCAUGAUAGCGAUGCAAAGGCACUCGUAGAAGCCCUUCAUCAGGCGUUCUUUGAAGACGAUGUCCUAUCACAAGUCGAAGCGGAGAACCUACUCGUGGGCUGAUCAACGUAGGCUUUGCUGGGUCCAGGCGUGUUAUCUGUUAUAGAUUCCCACUCGCCUCCAUGAACGGCAUGGGCAUUGGAUCAUUGAUCAUGUUUUGCUUGAAACAAGUAUGUCUUCCAGGUUCUCAGCCAAUGACUGCAAAACUGUGUUUCUGUUUUAGAACUGUUUGCAGACACCACAGUCUGAGCUGCGAGCACCGAUUGUCAACAAGAUGGCAAGCCUGUGAUAUAAUUCCAACUGUCUCUAAUCAAUAUAUAUAAUAAACAUUAUCAAUAUCUAUUAA